ACCUCUCCAAUCUCCAUCUACUCUAUCACGACAUCUAUAGAUUUAUCUCAUCUACUACUACUAUCUUCCCUACUCUCACCAUAAAUCAUCACAAUGGCUUUGUCCUAUCAGCAAACCAAGCUCAUCAGAGGCACCAUCCCUGCCCUGACUGACCAUGGAGAGCGCAUCACCACCAUCUUCUACCGCAACAUGCUUCGUGAUCACCCCGAGCUCAACGACUACUUCAACACAGUCAACCAAGCAAACGGCCGCCAACCCCGUGCCCUUACCGCUGUUAUCCUCAGCUACGCCAACAACAUCAACCACAUCACAGAGCUCAUCCCAAAGAUGGAGCGCAUGUGCCACAAGCAUUGCUCCCUCGGUAUCAAGCCAGAACAUUAUGCUAUAGUCGAGAAGUAUCUCAUUGCCGCCUUUGCAGAGGUUCUCGGCCCCACCAUGACCACACAGAUCAGAGAGGCCUGGACAAAGGCCUACUGGAUGCUUGCAAAGAUGCUCAUCGGCCGUGAGGCUCAGCUCUACCGGGACUUUGGUAAGUGGCAGGGCUACCGAAAGUUCCGCAUUGAGAAGAAGGUUGAAGAAUCGGACGACAUUUAUUCCUUCUACCUCGUUCCUGUCGAUGGCAAGCGCCUCCCUUCCUUCCAGCCUGGCCAAUACGUCUCUGUUCAGAUCCCCAUCGUCGACAAGGGAUAUGUUCAGUCUCGCCAAUAUUCUCUGAGCGAUGCUCCCCGACCUGACUAUUACCGAGUUACUGUCAAGAGAGACGAGGGCAUCCACAUGACCCGUAGCGGCCGAUAUCUUGGCGGCGAUGCCCUCAACCCCGGUGUCGUCUCAAACCUCCUCAUCGAUAUGAAGGACGAGGGCGACGUCGUUGAGCUGGCUCACCCUGCCGGCGAAUUCUACCUCGACAUGUCCAACACAUCCAACGUUCCCAUCGUUCUCAUUUCGGCCGGCGUAGGCGUCACCCCUAUGAUGUCCAUCCUCAACACCGUUUCCGAACGCCAGCCUCACCGUCCCGUCUCCUGGAUCCACGGCUCUCGACGCUCUGUCCCCUUCUACGACCAGGUCCGCCGCAUUGCUCGCAACCGUUCCAACUUCCGCACAAACAUUUUCAAGACUCACCUUGCCGAAUCCGACAUCUUUGGUGUCACGUAUGACCAUGACUUCCGCAUGGACUUGGCUAAGGUCUCUAAAGAUGACCUUUACCUGUGCCACAGCUCCACCGAGUACUAUAUUUGCGGUCCUGAGCAAUUCAUGCUUGAGAUGGCCGAGUACCUCAAGGCCCAAAAGGUUGAUGCCAGCCGCAUGCACUUUGAACUCUUCAGCACUGGUGACAUGGAGUUCAAGGUUGAUAACCUGAGCAUUUCUUCUGCUUCCAAGAGCCCAUCGAUCGCCAGCGCUGAGCAAAGAUGUCCCAGCACUGGAGCGGUGUCUGCCGAUGGUGCUACCUGCCCAUUCUCAGCGGUAUAAACCUGGAUAGUGAAUAAAAAGUACAAGGAUGUUUAUUUAUGAUGGGGUCUCUAAUGGCUAGGUAUGGGACUAGGAGAAGUGAUGAGGCGUUCAAGGAUAAGGCGUAUGUGUUUGGAUUCAUUAUUGUAUCCUGGUAGAGGGUUUUCUUUCACUGAUGACUUAUACCUAUUCUCCGCUGUUGAAAGUUUACUUAAUACGCCUUGGUGUUCUUCUGUUACAAUAGGAUAUGAUCUGGGGCUUGCAAUUUCGGUUCAUGUACAUGGAUGAAUAGGAAGGAAAUGUAUAGGCUGGGCUUGUUG